UGUGCGUCAGUUACGGUUGCUAGGAGACCAAACUUUGUGGGCCUCAGGUAAGACGAUGACCGAGUCCGGAAGUGAAGAACCAGAGCCAGAAGCAAAUGAUAAGAUGGACGUGGGCGGCAGCGGAUCCCUGAAGGUGUUACUGAGCGAGGCGGCCGGACUGCUGCGGGAGCUCGGUUAUACAGGACCUUUAUGUAAUGAGGAGGCGCUGCUGUCUUCCUGUGAGUCCGGAGCGGAGUGCCAGCUGUUCACAUCACUCUGUGUGUGGCUGGUGUCAGAGCUGAAAUCUGUGUCCUCCUUGGUGGAAAACAUCAGCCCAACUGAAGGCCCUGCUGAUUCGGAGACCUUCCAGCUGGAGAUGAGCGGAGUUAUGAGCGAGCUUCACUGUCCCUAUAGAGUGCUGACCUCUGGAAAGGUCACAUCCAGGCUGCUCAAACCUGCAAACUGCCUGCAGCUCAUUGUAUUCCUGAGCACUGAGCUGGAGGCGGCUCGACUCCUGAAGAGAUCCAGUGUUUCCACUGCUGAACCUGUAAGACACAGUGACGAUAUUCUGGAUGAGUUACGGCUUGUAAGCAAAGCAUUGGAUUUACCUGAGAUUUCUCCAGACGUCCCAGUGACUGAGCUCAUGAGGGAGCUGGAGAAUAAGAUCUUAGAACUUUCUCGGACGGUUCCCAUAUCUUCCCCUCUCCUUCAAGUUGAGUUGCAGCCUGAACAAUGGGAGACCCUGCAGGAGUUGCAUUAUUCCAUGCUGAAGGAGUAUGAAUGUAGAAUGAGAAUGUUGGUGACUCGAUUUGAAGUAACAGUGCAGUCGUUCCACUGGUCGGAUAGAGCGCAGGUAAAGGAAAAACUCAUGAAUGAAGUCUACUGGCCUUUAAGAAAAUCACUUACUACUGAGUCCCGGAUCUCAAUCCCACAUUUAUUAGCUGCCCGGCAAGAUUACUCCCGAAUCCUACACACCUGCAAUGCCACUUUCUGCCUGAAAACCCGCACUGCUAUCCAGAAGGUGCUUAUGACUGGUACUGUGCCUGACCGAGGAGGGCGACCUAAUGAAAUUGAGCCUCCAAUGCCUAUGUGGGAAAAAAGGCGUGAAGGGGGAGGAGGUGGACAUCAACGAUGGGGCAAAAAAAAUAAGAGAAAAAGGAAUUGAGCACAAAUGGAAAUUUCAAUCUAUAUAGUCUACUUAGUGCCUGUUAAAGGAGUAGUCUAGCACAGACUACUCCUGUUCCAUAAUGCUUGGGCUGAAAAAAAAAUGGAAAUAAACUAUCA